AAAGACCGGAAGCUUAUUAUUUACGGCACUAGCUGCUGUCGUAAAGCAAGCUUGUUUUUAACAGUUAGAUACUGUCACUGAGCUGGACUUUAGUAUUUUAUUUCCAAUUUCCAGUAGUUUUAAAUUUUGUUACAUCAUGUAGCAAAAUGGCUUUGAAUUCUAAAAGUGAAGAUAUGUUUGAUGUUAUUCUGUUGGCUGACGACAGGUUCCACAUCGAAGGUUACCGGGAAGGUUACGAGGAAGGGACCCGGCAAGGGCUAACCGAGGGAAGAAACCACGGGGGGAGCCAUGGAGCCAAGCUCUCACUAGAAGUGUCAUUCUACUACGGAUUUGCUUUGACUUGGAAAUGCCUUCUUCAGAACAGCACAGAGGUCAAAACACAGAAGAAACUCAAAACUCUGGAGACCCUGCUUGCAUUACUCCAGAGCUUUCCGUACGAUGAUGCCCAGUAUGAAAACCUACAGGAAGACAUAACAAAGACUCGUGCAAAAUUCAGACAGGUCUGUUCCCUCCUAAAUGUGCUGACUGAUUUCCGUGAAUUUGUCGGUACAGCUGGAGGGUUGUCCUUUUGAAGGAUCGCUGUUUGCUGGAGCAGGUUAUUAACUCUCACAGUGCACUAAAUAAUAUCUGAGAAAGCCCAGCAUCUCUUUCCAAUUUGGAGUGCGUGGAACGUGCUGGGACCUAAGGUACUGUGGGUCAGAGGAGGUCUGUGGGACAGUCGUCAGCUCUAAGGAUACCCAUUGUUCUCCUGUCAUCGUUCCUUGCAUUUGGACGGGAUUUAUACACCAAUAAAUAUAUGCUGCUUUCAUGGCAUCGAACAUCACCACUCCUUACAUAAAUACUGUGUUCUUCCUGAUGUGAACCUUUGGAAAUUAGUGUAUGUCUUGGUGAUUUAUUUCAUUCUUUGUAUAUCUGUAAAAAUGAGAAACGGCUUCAGUGUGCAAAACAUCAGUUGUGCAAGAAUUUAACAUUGUGGGAUCUUUAGGAUCGGAUACACAGUAUUAUUAUGGCAGAACUUAUUCCCUAAUCCUGCAAAGAAAAAAAAAUGUAUAUUACCAUUGAUCACCAAAAAGUGCAUUAGCCAAGGAUUCACGGAUUUUUAGAACCUUAAGUUCUAUUGUGCAGAACCAAAGUAACCAUGUACCAUGUGAUUAUUUUUCAAAUCAGGAUUGUAAUUAAAGGAUUGUAAUAAACAACCCACCUAAAAAUUU